AUGAAGUUUUUAUCUCUCGUUGCUUUCAUCUCUCUAUGGUCACAUGCUUUAGGUAUCGGAGGGGCCAUGCAAGGCAUGGAAGACGCUAUGGAGAUCCAGCGGCAGCAAAUGGAGCGACUGCACGAAUUCCUUGGGCCUAUCAGAGACUCAGGUGGACUUCCAAAGCGACAGGACAGUCCGACGAUAUCAUUUGAACACCCCAAGGCCAAGGAGUUCUUUGUGGAUGGGACAACGAUUCCUGAUGUGAAUUUUGACGCUGGACCGUCUUGGUCCGGGUUGAUGCCCAUAUCUGCUGACCCAAACGAGACUCGAAAAUUAUUCUUCUGGUUUUGGCCUACUAGCAACGCGUCGAAUACAAAUGAGUUACUGUUUUGGACUAAUGGCGGCCCUGGAUGCUCGUCCUUGGAAGGUUUCCUCCAAGAGAAUGGGCCCAUCUCUUGGUCAUGGGGUCAAGCAGAACCAACACCGAAUCCAUUUUCGUGGACUACUUUAGCUCACGUUCUUUGGGUCGAACAGCCAGUCGGAACUGGCUUUAGCCAAGGCACCCCGAACAUCACAAACGACGACGAGCUCGCAGAGCAGCUGACUGGCUUUCUGGAGCAGUUUCUCGAAGUCUUUUCCGAACUCAAGGGAAAAGACUUUUAUCUUUCCGGAGAAAGUUAUGCUGGAUUCUACGUGCCGUAUAUCGCAAAUUGGAUCUAUGAACAUCCUGGACUCGACCUGAAUUUGAAAGGGAUUUCGAUUGCUGACCCUUCUCUUUCAUAUGGUGUCGUUCAGCAAGAAAUUCCGGCUCUCCGCUUUGCACAGGCCCACGCAAGCCUAUUCCCCUUCAACAGUUCAUUCUGGAGCACGCUACAAAACAUAUCCGACACUUGUGGAUAUACUGACUAUCUUGAGAAUUUCGUUACAUACCCUCCUGCUGGUCAACUGCCUUUCCCUGCCGGAGUUGUCGAAGGAACGCUUGGAACUGUCGACCCGAGCUGCAGGAUUCAUAGUCCGAUACAGCGUGCUGUCGGUGUAUUGAAUCCAGUCUUCGAUGUAUAUCGAGUCUCUGAUACAUUCCCCAAUCUCUGGAGUGUACUUGGCUUUCCCCGUUCUACGCAAGAAUUCAUUUAUUUCAACAGGACGGACGUACAAGAUGCCAUUCACGCACCUCAUGUAGAAUGGACCGUCUGUACGAAUACCAACGUAUACGCAGGCAACGGGCGCGAUAACUCCGUCGCCUCUACUCUUAGCGUGCUUCCGAAUGUCAUCGAGAAAUCGGUCAGAACCGUCGUCAUACAUGGACUUGCAGACUUCAUUCUAGUUGCUGAAGGGACUCGUAUCGCAAUUCAAAAUAUGACUUGGGGAGGAGCUCAGGGCUUCCAAACGGCUAUCGAACCGGAGAGUUUUACCGUCGAGAACUUCGGUGUAUUCGGAAAUACGCAUACAGAGCGUGGAUUGACUUACGUUGAAUUUUUCUACAGCGGACACAUGACGCCUCAAUUUGUCCCUUGGGCAGCGUUUUCGACAAUUUCAUUCCUUCUUGGACGGCAAGAAUCACCUUCAAGUGGCUGA